CAGUCUAAUCAGUUUCUCACGAACUCCGGCUGAUCGCCGACAACGCAUUGAAUUAUAUAUACUAAAAAUUAUUGGAACAGCAUUCUUUUACAUCGUUUAUUUAGUUAGAUUUCUAAAGACUGAAGGAGAACGCUAACAAACGCUAAUAUCGUUUUCAGCUACGCUACGCGCUACCCAUUUACUACUAGCUUAAAGCGUAAGACGAACGAGAAGUGGCACGCACUAUGCGAAAUAGUUAAAGUUCGCACUUGUGCAACGAACGCAACCGAUCAGACGUAUUUAUUGUUAAUCCUAUUCGUAAGGAAAAAACAGUUGCAUCAUGACUAUAAUAGAUUACGUGCAAACUUUGUCGGACAAUCCAUAUUUCGGAGCUGGUUUCGGGUUGUUCGGGUUAGGUGCCGGAGCAGCUCUUUUACGAAAGGGAAUGCAAACAGGCAUGAUCCUGUUCAGGCGACAUUACAUGAUCACUUUGGAAGUUCCCUGUCGCGAUAAAAGCUACCAAUGGCUUUUGCAGUGGAUCACGUACAAAGGUGCCAAGGAGACCCAACACUUAUCCGUUGAGACAAGUUUUGAACAGAGAGAAACAGGUCACAUAAAAACUAGAUAUGAUUUCAUACCAAGUAUUGGAACACAUUUCAUUAGAUACAAAGGGAAUUGGAUAAAAGUGGAGAGAACCAGAGAACAACAAACAUUGGAUAUACAAAUGGGUAUACCGUUCGAAACUGUACAGCUGACCGCAUUUGGGAGAGAUAAAAAUGUGUAUUUCAACAUUUUAGAGGAGGCCAGACAAAUGGCGUUAAAGGAAUAUGAAGGUAAAACGAUAAUGUAUACUGCUAUGGGAAGUGAAUGGAGGCAAUUUGGUCAUCCCAGAAAACGAAGACCGCUGGAGUCAGUCGUUUUAGACACCGGUGUCGCGGAUAGGAUACUGAACGACUGUCGGGAGUUCAUAACAAAUCCUUCGUGGUACAGCGACCGCGGAAUCCCGUAUCGGCGAGGGUAUUUAUUGUAUGGUCCGCCGGGUUGUGGCAAAUCAUCGUUCAUUACAGCGCUAGCUGGCGAAUUAGAGCGAGGCAUUUGCGUUUUAAAUCUGUCAGAGCGAGGUUUGACAGAUGAUAGAUUAAAUCAUCUGUUAGCAGUAGCCCCACAACAAACUAUUAUACUAUUGGAAGAUGUCGACGCCGCGUUUAGCAGUCGGGAAGAAAGUAAAGAGAUGAAAGCCGCGUACGACGGUUUAAACAGAGUCACGUUUAGUGGAUUACUAAAUUGUUUGGACGGCGUUGCUUCUACCGAGGCAAGAAUUUUGUUUAUGACGACCAACUAUUUGGAGAGACUCGAUCCUGCGUUAGUCAGACCUGGCAGAGUAGACGUGAAAGAAUACAUUGGCUGGUGCAGUGAGACACAAAUAGAACAGAUGUUCUUAAGAUUUUAUAAGAACAUUGAUGAAAAGGCGAACGAAUUAGCUAAACAGUUCACAAAUAGUAUAAUGUCGGAAAAGAAAAAUGUCAGCCCGGCACAAAUUCAAGGAUACUUUAUGUUUCAUAAAAACAAUCCGGAAGACAUGCUCAAGAACGUACCACAUAUAUGGGAACUCACGUGAUAAAACAUGGUAUAUGGUGAAUUUUUAUUUAUUCGUUAGAUUAAACAUUCGUAAACAGAUUUAAGAAACUGUAUUGUUGUACAGGCCCUCGUCAUUAAAAAUUAUCAUACGAUUGAUACAAUAUA